GAGAAGCUUGUGACAUACACCAUCCUACGAUAUACUGUUUCAGAUUGCUCCGCCGAUAAUUCCAGAAAAGCUAUUAGCAAGGGUGAUUACUGGGUAGAAAGAGAUCAACCUCCCCCGUAGAACUGCUGCAUGCCCCCCACUUCGGUCGCAGCGCAUCUGCUUCUUAGGCCGUUCGCUGCGGCCCAAAACUCCUUGUUGGUCGCGUGUCACACGCCUAGACUCGCUCAUUACUAUACCAUAUCGCCACUUCUCGACGCGUCCCGGGUGCUGAUCCGCGGCAUAGCCCUGUUCCUUGACUUUCACAGAGGAGUUCGUUUCCUCUCAGCUGUUGCCCAUGACACAAUGUCUAUCGAAGGCCUUCGCUGUCGUUCGCGCUGAAGUACCAACAAACACGUAGUAUAACUUUCAGGGUGCACC